CCCACCCACACUCUCACCGCUGCCCGCCGUCAUACGAUUCGCAGCCAUGGGUCCUGGACGACGGAUGAAGAAACAGGGUCCUCCUCCUACCCUGAAAGAUCUUGGACUCGAUAAAAAGCGCAAGUCGCCGCAGGACACCUCCAGAGAGCCUACAUCGAAGAAGCGGAGAAAGUCUGCAGACUCCGAACAGUCUCCCAAGAAGCUUGUCAAUCUUGAUCGAGCAUCAAGGCAAGACCUCAAGCCAGUCAAGGCCGGGGGAAAAGAAAAGAGAAGGCUGGUCAAUAAGGAUGCCCAAAUCACAGUGCCGCCCCCAGGUUUUAUUGCGGCAGAUGAGGACGACAGUGACGAAGCCGGCAUUCCACUCGCUGAUGCUUCUCUGUCGGAGCUAGAAGAUGACGAUGAUAUACCCGAUUUGGACGAUGCAGAUGAAUUAUCAGACUCGGAUUCUGUCUUUGACUCGGACCCCGACGAUCAACCACGUCGCAUGUUCUCUGAUGACGACGACUCAGAUGCCGAAGCCAAACUCACCGCCGCCAACAUCGAAGGAUUGUCCAAAAGACUAGACGCUCAACAGGCACAAGUUGAUGCUGAGGCGCAGCAAGAGUUGGAGGACGAUGCGCUCCAAACCAACAUCGCUCAAGACCAAGGAGUUCUCGACUCGGUGGCUGCGCAAGGUCUCGCUCCAGACCUCGCGGUUGUAAGAAGCCGCAUGACCGAAACAAUCCGCAUUCUUGGAGAUUUCUCGAACCUGGCCGACAAGACCAAGUCACGCACCGACUAUACUACCCAGUUGCUCGCCGACAUUUGCACCUACUACGGCUAUACGCCUUAUCUGGCUGAAAAGCUCUUCAACCUCUUCACUCCCUCAGAAGCAUUUGCGUUCUUUGAAGCCAACGAAACCCCUCGUCCUGUGGUUCUGCGUACCAAUACCCUUCGCACCAACCGUCGCAGCCUGGCCCAAGCCCUCAUCAACCGUGGAGUGGUGCUUGAACCAGUUGGCAAAUGGUCCAAAGUUGGUCUUCAGGUUUUCGAGGCCCCAGUCCCCUUGGGUGCAACCCCAGAGUACCUUGCCGGCCACUAUAUCUUACAGGCAGCCUCGUCUUUCCUCCCCGUCAUGGCUCUGGCACCCCAACCCAAUGAGCGGGUCCUCGAUAUGGCCGCUGCGCCCGGUGGCAAAACUACAUACAUCGCGGCACUUAUGCGGAAUACGGGCUCUGUCUUUGCCAACGAUGCCAACCGACAGAGAGCCAAGGGUUUGAUCGGUAAUAUUCACCGAAUGGGUUGCAAAAACACCAUCGUGUGCCAUUAUGAUGCACAAAAGGCUUUCCCCAAGAUCCUGGGAGGUUUCGACCGCAUCCUUCUGGACGCCCCUUGCUCUGGAACGGGAGUCAUAGGGAAAGAUCCUAGUGUCAAGACGAGCAAGAAUGAACGAGAUUUCCUAGCACUCCCACACAUGCAAAAGCAACUUCUCCUGGCGGCAAUCGACUCGACAGAUCACAAUAGCAAGACGGGCGGUUACAUUGUCUACUCGACCUGCUCUGUCACAGUGGAAGAGAACGAAGGAGUUGUCCAAUAUGUCUUGCGCAAGCGGCCGAAUGUCAGGAUUGUAGACACGGGCUUGGGCAGCUUUGGCACUGAAGGGUUCCGAAGCUACAUGAACAAAAAGUUUGACGACAGGAUGAACCUGACCCGUCGAUAUUUCCCGCACAGGGAAAAUGUGGAUGGGUUCUUCGUGUGUAAGUUGAAGAAGACAGGGCCCUUGCCCAAGGCGACCGGCCAAUCGAAUGGAACGGCCGAGGGUGAGGCAGAGACCACAGUCCGCGUCAGUGAGCAAAAGGCGUCGACCAAUGGGGCUAGCUCUGGAGAAGCAGAAGCAGAUGACGAUUUUGGUGGGUUUGACGAUGAGGGAGACCAGGAAAUUAUCGCGAGAGCGGAGAAGAAAUGGAGGAAAUCGCAUGGCCUCGAUCCAAGAGCUGUGGGAAAAGACCGGUCAAAGACCAAGACAGAAGCAAAUGGCGUUCAAGGGUCCAAGGAUACUGAUCCCACAGAGAAGACCAAGUCCAAGAGCAAGAAGAAAAGCAAGACGAACGGAACGGUGUCUCGAUGAUGUUAGAAAGGUCAAGAAUGGAGUUGGAGUAUAGCGUGCAUAAACGUCCUAGACGUUGAAAUAUCAAGAUCUUUGCCAAAACAGA